GGAGUGAUAUUUUCGAGUUCGUGCAACGGCGAAAUCUGCGCUUGGAAUUUGGCGACCAAAAUUUGCACCGCCAAAAUCAAAGCCCAUGACGGAUUCGUCAGAGUGAGCGGUGGCGAGACGGUGCAGCUGUGGGAGCCUCACCGCUCUUCUCCUUUGCAGACUUUCUCUUGGGGCUCUGACUCUGUCUACUGCGUCCGCUUCAAUCCUGCAGAGACAUCCAUCUUUGGUGCGGGACUCAGCGGGAAUUCCGUCGCGCUGUAUGAUAUACGCGGAAACACCCCAAUACGGAGAGUGCUCAUGAAGAUGCGCACAAAUGCAAUAAGUUGGAACCCGAUGCAGCCGAUUAAUUUUACAGUAGCCAGCGAAGACCAAAACCUUUAUACCUACGACAUGCGUAAACUUUCAGAAGCCCUUCGGGUGCAUAAGGACUUCGUUAACGCGGUGCUGGACGUGGACUACUCCCCUACAGGAAAGGAGUUUGUUGCUGCUUCUUUUGACGGCACCCUUCGUUUCGUGUUGAGCUGCCGAUUCUCUGCUGACGGACGCUUCGUGUUUAGCGGCUCUGCGGAUAUGUGUUUGAGGGUCUGGAAGAGCGAAGCUGCAGCAGCACUGGGGCCUCAGAGUUACCGAGCAAGACUAUCUCUAAACUACAGAAAAAAACUGCAAGAAAAAUACGCGCACCUCCCAGAAAUCAAACGCAUAGAAAGACACCACCACGUGCCGAAGUUGAUAAAGAAGACGCAAGAAAAGAAACGCAUUAUGAAGGAAGCUGCAAAAAGAAGGGAAGACAACCGCAUUGCGCAUUCCAAGCCUGGAAAACACCCGAGGGUGGCGGAGAGGAAGAAGGCGAUCUACAGAGAAAUUCAAUAG